CCAUCCCAAAGACACUCACUGCAGCUAAGACGGGAUCCGUGUGAGACCUGGCGUCAUUUGAACUUCCUUCAAAGGCAUAAAAGCCAGAAGAGAAAAAUGAAGAUGUGCCGUUUUGAAAUGGUCACUAAGCUGCUGGCAGCCUUGAUUCUAAUGGACAUCUUCCAGGUGAAGGUUGAGAUGUUAGACAUGGCUGGUGAUGCAUUUGACGAUGAAUACCUGAAAUGUUCUAACAGGAUGGAGAUGAAAUAUGUUCCCCAGCUGCUCGAGGAGGAGAAAGCAAGCCAUCAGCUCUUCCGAGCUGCGUGGGAAAAUGCCAGAAGCAAGUGGGAGGCCCGGAAGCCUCGGGUCUCUGUCCCUAGGAGUUUUAAGGACAACCACGGGAUAGCCUUGCUGCUGUACAUUUCCGAAGCUCAAGAACAAACUCCCAUUUCUCAUCUGUUCAACAAAGCCGUGGAGGUGGCCGGGAAAUCCCGGAAAGAUUACAUCUAUGACUUCCAGCUCAAGGCCUUCCACUUUUACCUGACCAGAGCCCCGCAGCUGCUGCGAGGACACUGUGCAGAGAGCUACGCGCCCGCGGUGUACGCCUCGAGGCCCGCCGCCCCGGCCGAGCCCAGGCAGGGCCACGCCAGGCUGGGCAGCUUCACCCUGGCACGGGCGGCCGGACUCCAGGCCGCCGGCGACGGGCGCGUCGGGCUCACCAUCCACACGUGCUUCGGCGUGGCCGUGGAGACAUUCCUUGACCAAAGCAGGUUAGUGCCGCUGAACGAGGUGUUUCAAGUGUCACAAGAAGGGAACGGGAAGAACCUUCUCCUUCAGAGCACAAACAAGACCUGCAGCCAUUACGAGUGCUCGUUUCUAGGUGGACUGAAAACCGAGGAGUGCGUCACGAAUCCAGAUGAUAUCCAACCCAUCUAUGUCUACGUCCCUGCUGCAGGCUCCGUUCCCGCUCCAAGUCCCAAGAGCCACCCCUCGGCGUCCUGCGGCCCAGCGCUCCUCCCGCUCCAUGCAGCCGUCAUCUUCCUCGGCGCGGCUGCUCUCAACGAGCUCUUGGCCCCAUAGUUGGAUGGGUUUAUACCACAGGAUCCCAGUGGAGCUCAAUAGGAAUGAUGUGCUUUUCACUUGUUGGUCAAAGUCACUUUGAAAAAAUGAAAACUGUGUAAUUUAUUUUGCCAUUCAGUAAGUUAGU